CCAGAACACAUAGACUCUUCCGUCAAAAAGGCUGAAAAAUCAGAUGAAACUAAUUCGAAAUCGAACACAAGCACAUGGACAUUAAAGGCAAAGGUACCCCCACACCGCCUGCAGACCUGGCAAUGCUCGAAGACCCGCGACGUCCGUCGAAGAAAUCAAUCACCCCCCCCAGGCGCUCCUCGUAUCAGAGGAGCGGAAUGGAGAGCCUGGACCAGCUCAUAGCGAAGCUCACGCAGAUGGCGGACGGAGCGGGCGGCGUCCAGCUGUCGGCGAUGGACCUUGAGAGCCUGUGUCUGAGGGCCCGCGGAGUGCUGCUGCAGGAGCCAGCGCUGCUGGAGGUCACGGCGCCCGUGAAUGUCCUCGGCGACAUCCACGGACAGUACGGGAACCUGCUGAAGUACUUGGCCUCGGCUGGAUACCCGCCCGAGGGGCGGUACCUGUUGCUGGGCGACUACGUGGACCGGGGCAAGAACUCGAUCGAGACGCUCGCCCUGCUGCUGGCCCUGAAGGUGCGCCACCCGGAGCAUGUCUUCCUCCUGCGAGGCAACCACGAGUCCGCCAGCCUGAACCGCGCGUACGGCUUCUACGACGAGUGCAAGCGCCGCUUCACCGUGAAGAUGUGGCGCACCUUCGUCGACUGCUACAACUGUCUGCCCAUCGCGGCGGUGAUCGAGAACAGCAUCUUCUGCUGCCACGGCGGCCUCAGUCCCGACCUCUUCAACCUCGACCAGAUCCGCAGCAUAGCGCGGCCCUGCGACGUCCCCGAGUCCGGGAUGCUGUGCGACCUCCUGUGGUCCGAUCCGGACUUCACCAACUACGGCUGGAACCCGAACGACCGCGGUGUGAGCCACACCUUCGGCUCGGAUGUGGUCACCACCUUCAUGCUGCGCUUCCACUUCACGCUGAUAUGCCGCGGCCACCAGGUCGUCGAGGACGGCUACGAGUUCUUUGCCAAGCGCCAGCUGUUGACCAUCUUCUCGGCCCCCAACUACUGCGGGGAGUUCGACAAUGCGGGCGCCAUGAUGUCCAUCGAUAAGGAUCUGCUGUGCACCUUUCGCAUUCAGAAGCCAAGCUUUCUUCGUCGACCGAUUUUGUUUAUCGACAAGUGAUCCGCUCCCCGGGGAGUUUUUUCCGGAAUUCGGGUAAAAGGUCAGACCCCAUGGAUUAUCACGGGAUGUCCACACAUCAAUGAAACACUUUAUUGGACCACAGUUACAAUUAUAUAAUUAAGUUUUCCAGUGGAAAA